AUUUCUCCAAGAUGGUCCGAGCGUAACAAUUUUCUUUCCAGGUUGAAUCGGCCUUCUGGAGCUGGGAGGUGAUAUCGACAUCUGCGACAGCAUCAAUCAACACCCGCCACGACCGGCCAACAUCUCAUACAUCCGGCCCGAUCAGCUCAAAUUCGCCAAGGCUUUCUUAUCUCCUUCCAUCUCCAAAACUGUUCACAGCCCAUCGACGGCGUGUGAGCCCGGCCACAGCAAUACAGCCUUCCCACCCUCUACACACAUCUCGAAAUGGAUCACACACGAGACCCCUGCCCCUGGGUUAUUCUAAAUGAUUUUGGCGGUGCAUUCUCUAUGGGCGCCAUUGGUGGUACGAUAUGGCACGGUAUUAAAGGGUUUCGCAACAGUCCGGUGGGCGAGCGACGAAUAGGCGCCAUCACAGCCAUCAAAGCCCGCGCGCCAGUCCUGGGCGGCAACUUCGGAGUCUGGGGUGGGCUGUUCUCGACGUUCGACUGCGCCGUCAAGGGUGUCCGAAGAAAGGAGGACCCGUACAACGCCAUCAUUGCCGGCUUUUUCACAGGUGGUGCGCUGGCGGUCCGAGGAGGAGUCAAGGCAGCACGAAAUGGAGCUAUCGGGUGUGCGGUGCUGCUCGCUGUCAUUGAGGGUGUCGGUAUUGGAUUCCAGCGGAUGUUGGCCAGCGGUACAAAGUUGGAGGUGCCGCAACCACCGCCAAACGCAGAGCUAAAUCUGGCAUAGACUGUCCAAGAAUUAGCAACACCAAAAAAAUAGUUUACAACGCCACUCUACACCUUUGGCCCGGCAGACACAUCGGGCCUUGUAUUUCAUGAUAUUGGAAGUCUUUGCAUAACUUGCAUGGACAGCGGGCGGGAAUGCAUGUGUAAAAUAGAUGGUCCGGGAACUUGGUCGUGUUCGCUGUGUAUAACUGGAGUUUUUGGAACGACCUGGCUAGCAGACGGAGAAGCAUCAAACAUGAAGUAUACUAAUGAGAGCCAAGGCAGGCAUCUGGUCAUAGAAAUACGAUGUCAACAAUGCCAGUGUAUGCC